GGCUAGUGUCGACGUCUUCAGUCCGCGACAGUAAACUGUAAAACGAGAACGUGCGUCGCGCUUGUCCGGAGGAGCGAAAGUUAAAAUAAAUUAAACAAUAAAUCAAAAGAAAUUUAGAGGAAAUCCGGCGCAGGUGACUCAGCUGAGACGACAUGGAUGACGAGGAGGAAACAUACAGACUGUGGAAGAUCCGUAAAACCAUCAUGCAGCUGUGCCAUGACCGAGGCUACCUGGUGACACAGGACGAGUUGGACCAAACCCUGGACGAGUUCAAGAGUCAGUUUGGAGACAAACCCAGCGAGGGUCGCCCCAGACGCACAGAUCUCACUGUGCUGGUGGCACACAACGACGACCCCACAGACCAGAUGUUUGUUUUCUUUCCUGAGGAGCCCAAGGUGGGAAUCAAAACGAUUAAGAUGUAUUGUCAGAGAAUGCAGGAGGAAAAUAUCACACGGGCAAUCAUUGUUGUUCAGAUGGGCAUGACACCAUCAGCCAAACAGUCUCUAGUAGACAUGGCACCCAAAUACAUAUUGGAACAGUUUCUACAACAGGAGCUGCUUAUCAACAUCACAGAGCAUGAGCUUGUUCCAGAGCACAUUGUCAUGACAAAGGAGGAAGUGACUGAACUUCUGGCAAGAUAUAAAUUAAAGGAAAGUCAGUUACCGAGAAUCCAGGCUGGCGACCCCGUAGCUCGCUACUUUGGUUUAAAAAGAGGACAGGUAGUAAAGAUCAUCAGACCUAGUGAAACAGCUGGGCGGUACAUCACAUACAGGCUGGUGCAGUGACAGAAAGACAUUUUCCUGAAACAUUUAGGACCAGUGAAGGAAACUGAAGAGCUUUCACUCAUCCAAAUUGUGUUUUCUUGUAAUUACUGAUUUUGUAAAAUAAACAAUAAAAAAAAAA